GCCAUCUUAAGUGGCCGCCUAGAGUCCAGGGCUGCUUCCCGGGGCCAGGAGGCACCCCAGCAGCCCCGGAGGUGGGGGUCUGCAUGCGGCGGAGAGGCCUCUGGGGAGAGGCCGGAAGCCGGUGGAUUGAGGGAACUUUGUCCAAGAUGGAAAGGGGAUCCCCCUAGUCUCGGUCUGYGGGUCCUCUCAAGACGCCGGCCUGCGGGUGCCGGGAGUGGUGCCAGGGAACUUGGCCGAGAGGGGGGAAGGGCUUUGCUGGGCUAGGAGGGCCGCGCAUGGGGGGCUCGAAGACGCUGGUCUUCGUCCGGGGGUUUGUGGGGAUCGGAUCUCUAUGAAAGGGACUUCCUCCUUGGGAUUUGUAGACGGACAGUUGAGGCCGGCGCUGCAGGCGGCGGCGGCUGCGCGGCGAAUCUGGCGGCCUGCGCGGCGGAGUGCGGAGUCCUGAUCCCUGGCUCUGUCCGGCCCGCGGAUYCUCAGGCCCAGGACCCGGGCGCGGCCCCAGCGUCGGCCCUGAGCUUCCCGGGGCGGAUGGCGCGGGGUGGCAGACGCGGGCGGUGCUGAGCCCUCCGCGGGCUAUGGCUUCGGCGUGUGGGGCACCCGGCCCGGGGAGCGCGGGGUCCGGGGGCGCGCUGGGCAGCCCGGCUCCUGCCUGGUACCACCGCGACCUGAGCCGCGCUGCAGCGGAGGAGCUGCUGGCCCGGGCGGGCCGCGAUGGCAGCUUCCUGGUCCGAGACAGCGAGAGCGUGGCGGGGGCCUUCGCACUCUGCGUCCUGUAUCAGAAGCAUGUACACACAUACCGCAUCCUGCCUGAUGGAGAAGACUUCCUGGCUGUGCAGACUUCACAGGGUGUGCCUGUGCGCCGCUUCCAGACCCUGGGCGAGCUCAUUGGCUUGUAUGCCCAGCCCAAUCAGGGCCUGGUGUGUGCCCUACUGCUGCCUGUAGAGGGGGAGAGAGAGCCAGACCCACCGGAUGACCGUGAUGUCUCAGAUGGGGAGGAUGAAAAGCCCCCACUGCCCCCGCGCUCUGGCUCUACCAGCAUUUCUGCCCCCGCGGGACCUACCAGCCCCCUGCCAGCCCCUGAGACUCCCACAACUCCAGCUGCUGAGAGCGCUCCCAAUGGGCUGAGCACCAUUUCCCAUGAGUAUCUGAAGGGCAGCUAUGGGCUGGACCUGGAGGCUGUGCGGGGCGGAGCCAGCAACCUGCCCCACCUCACCCGCACUCUUGCCACCUCCUGCCGGAGACUGCACAGUGAGGUGGACAAGGUCCUGUCGGGUCUGGAGAUCCUGUCCAAGGUGUUUGACCAGCAGAGCUCGCCCAUGGUGACUCGCCUUUUACAGCAGCAGCAGAACCCAUCACAGACUGGGGAACAGGAACUAGAGAACCUGGUACUGAAGUUGUCAGUGCUAAAGGACUUCCUGUCAGGCAUCCAGAAGAAGGCCCUGAAGGCACUACAGGACAUGAGUUCCACGGCACCUCCAGUUUCUCUGCAGCCAUCUAUACGUAAGGCCAAGACCAUACCUGUGCAGGCCUUUGAGGUGAAGCUGGAUGUUACCUUGGGUGACCUGACCAAGAUUGGAAAGUCACAGAAGUUUACACUGAGCGUGGAUGUGGAAGGUGGGCGGCUAGUGCUGCUUCGGAGACAGCGGGACUCCCAGGAGGACUGGACGACCUUCACACAUGACCGAAUCCGCCAGCUCAUUAAGUCCCAGCGUGUCCAGAACAAGCUGGGUGUUGUGUUUGAAAAGGAGAAGGACCGGACCCAGCGCAAGGACUUCAUUUUCGUCAGUGCCCGGAAGCGAGAAGCCUUCUGCCAGCUACUGCAGCUCAUGAAGAAUAAGCACUCCAAGCAAGAUGAGCCUGAUAUGAUCUCUGUCUUCAUAGGCACCUGGAACAUGGGAAGUGUGCCACCUCCAAAAAAUGUGACAUCUUGGUUCACAUCAAAGGGUCUGGGGAAGACCCUAGAUGAGGUCACAGUGACCAUACCCCAUGACAUCUAUGUCUUUGGGACCCAGGAGAACUCAGUGGGUGACCGAGAGUGGCUGGACCUGCUGCGUGGGGGCCUCAAGGAGCUUACAGAUUUGGAUUACCGCCCGAUUGCCAUGCAGUCGCUGUGGAACAUCAAGGUGGCUGUGCUCGUCAAGCCAGAGCAUGAGAACCGCAUCAGCCAUGUCAGUACAUCCAGUGUGAAAACUGGCAUCGCCAACACCCUGGGGAACAAGGGAGCCGUGGGUGUCUCCUUCAUGUUCAAUGGCACCUCAUUUGGCUUUGUGAAUUGCCAUCUCACCUCGGGAAAUGAGAAGACUGCCCGGCGGAACCAGAACUAUCUGGACAUCCUGAGACUGCUCUCGCUGGGUGACCGGCAGCUCAGUGCAUUUGACAUCUCUCUGCGUUUCACUCACCUCUUCUGGUUUGGGGACCUCAACUAUCGCCUGGACAUGGAUAUCCAGGAGAUACUGAACUACAUCAGCAGGAAAGAGUUUGAGCCUCUGCUCCGGGUAGACCAGCUCAACUUGGAGCGGGAGAAGCACAAGGUUUUCCUUCGGUUCAGUGAGGAGGAGAUCUCUUUUCCACCCACUUACCGCUAUGAGCGGGGUUCCCGGGACACAUAUGCCUGGCACAAGCAAAAGCCAACUGGAGUCCGGACCAACGUUCCCUCAUGGUGUGACCGGAUUCUAUGGAAGUCCUACCCUGAAACCCACAUCAUCUGCAAUUCCUAUGGUUGCACUGAUGACAUUGUCACCAGCGACCAUUCCCCUGUGUUUGGGACAUUUGAGGUUGGAGUUACCUCUCAGUUCAUCUCCAAGAAAGGGCUCUCGAAGACUUCAGACCAGGCCUACAUUGAGUUUGAGAGCAUCGAGGCCAUUGUGAAGACAGCCAGCCGCACCAAGUUCUUCAUUGAGUUCUAUUCCACUUGCCUGGAGGGUCAGAGACAGGGCCCACGGCUGGGUUUGGUUUUCCCCACUCCCACCCCAGAGUACAAGAAGAGCUUUGAGAAUGAUGCCCAAAGCAGUGACAACAUCAACUUCCUCAAAGUGCAGUGGUCUUCACGCCAGCUGCCCACGCUCAAGCCCAUUCUGGCUGACAUUGAGUACCUGCAAGAUCAGCACCUUCUGCUCACAGUCAAGUCCAUGGAUGGCUAUGAAUCCUAUGGGGAAUGUGUGGUUGCACUCAAAUCCAUGAUUGGCAGCACAGCCCAGCAGUUUCUGACCUUCCUGUCCCAUCGCGGCGAGGAGACAGGCAAUAUCCGUGGCUCCAUGAAGGUGCGGGUGCCCACGGAACGCCUGGGCACCCGUGAGCGGCUCUACGAGUGGAUCAGCAUUGAUAAGGAUGAGGCUGGAGCAAAGAGCAAAGGCCCGUCUGUGUCCCGAGGCAGCCAAGAAUCCAGGUCAGGGAGCCGCAAGCCAGCCUCCACAGAAGGCUCCAGCCCGUUGUCCAAGUUAUUUGAAGAGCCAGAGAAACCACCGMCAACUGGGAGGCCCCCAGCCCCGCCCCGAGCAGCUCCCAGGGAGGAGCCCUUGAACCCCAGGUUGAAGCCAGAGGGGGCUCCUGAGCUGGAAGGGGUAGUGGCCCCCGCACCCAAGAACAGCUUCAAUAAUCCUGCCUACUACGUCCUUGAAGGGGUCCCACACCAGCUGCUGCCCCUGGAGCCACCCUCACCUGCCAGGGCUCCUGUCCCACCUACCACAAAGAACAAAGUUGCCAUCACAGUGCCUGCUCCACAGCUUGGACGCCACCGGCCCCCUCGGGUGGGAGAGGGGAGUUCAUCAGAUGAAGACUCUGGGGGUACUCUGCCCCCUCCAGAUUUUCCACCUCCACCACUGCCAGACUCAGCCAUUUUCCUGACCCCCAACCUGGAUCCUUUGUCAGUACCAGGGGUCCGGGGACGCAGUGGAGGUGAGGGCCGAGGCCCACCACCUCCCAAGGCCCAUCCAAGGCCCCCACUACCCCCAGGCCCCUCAUCUGCCAGCACUUUCCUAGGGGAGGUAGCAAGUGGGGAUGACCGGUCCUGCUCAGUACUGCAGAUGGCCAAGACUCUAAGUGAGGUGGAUUAUGCUCCUGCUGGGCCUGGACGCUCAGCGCUUCUCCCAAGCCCUUUGGAGUUGCAGCCACCCCGUGGACUGCCCUCCGACUAUGGCCGGCCCCUCAGCUUCCCUCCACCCCGCAUCCGGGAGAGCAUCCAAGAGGACCUAGCGGAGGAGGCACCGUGCCCGCAGGUCGGGCGGGCCGGCGGCCUGAGUGAGGCAGGUAUGGGUGCCUGGCUGCGGGCCAUCGGCUUAGAGCGCUAUGAGGAGGGCCUGGUGCACAAUGGCUGGGACGACCUGGAGUUUCUCAGUGACAUCACAGAGGAAGACCUGGAGGAGGCUGGGGUGCAGGACCCUGCUCACAAGCGCCUCCUUCUGGACACAUUGCAGCUCAGCAAGUGACAGCGGAGGCUCGGCAAAGCCGCGACUCAGCGCCUCUCCCCUGCUACGAAGGCCUGGAAUAGCUAGCCCCUGGCUAGAAAAUUCUGAGGGGGUGGGGCAAUACCUUUCUGCCUAUUUAUUGGGGAAUCCACAUUCCCCACUGCCCAGUCAUUUGGAAUGCCCUAAUUAGGACAUCCUGCCCCUCCCUUUUAGACCCAGGGCUGCAGAGGUCUGUAGCCUGCAGUGUGCAGUCCUGUUUUUCUAGACCCCUCUUCUCAGCCCCAGGGGUGCAAAUGGGGUAUAGUURUAUACAUCUGGGCCCCAACUUUCAUCACUGUUUUCUGCUGCCCUCCCCCCAGCCUGACCCACAGGUGGGACCUCCCCCUAACUUCUGCAGGGGCAUCCGUCCGGAAAUGAAGGAAGAGCUCGAGGAUCGGGCUGGGGUUUAUUUAAACUUCUAUGUGUGGGUUUGGGGAGGGAGGGCACUUUAUUAUUAUGGGUGGUGGCGGGGGGCAGGACCUCGACCAUAAAGUGCUAGUUUGCUUAGUUCUCAAGUCUCCUGGUCUGUAACACCCUGCGCUAGAAAUGCGUGGUGGCCGUGAAGAGAGAGAGAGGGCCCCUUGCUGGCUUCAACCGCAACGGGGUCAGGGUUCUUGCAAGCAGCCUAGUCUUACUCUGCACCCUCAGAAGGGUUGCCAGUGUUGAUGUCUUCAAUAAAUUAAGUUUUAUUUGGAUUGAGCAAAAUCA